CCACUGGACUGCAGCGAAAAUACAACUUGUUUUCCUCUUUGAUUAAUACAUCGGAAGUCAUUACGGCUGAGACCACAUGCAGUCCUCAUUCGACCUACCUAUUUCAAACUGGUAGGCCAGAGUAAAUAUUGUAAUUAACUAGAGACUGGCCUGGCAUUGGGUCCAUAAAACAAGUUUUUACUCGAGGAAUGAAACGGGAUAUUCACAACACGAGACGGGGAAACCUCAAGUUUUGUGCGGACUGACAGCUAUCAGGGUUAAGGACACUUUUGAACUAAGAGACAAAAAACAUUAAAUUUUGCAUUGCCCAAUUACACAACGUCAAUGAACCUGGUGGUGGAAUGGGGGUUAAUAUGGUUUUGAGGUUAAAAUUUAACCUGUCUCCGAGUACCACCUUUUUAGUAUAAAGAACUUAUUAAAAGCUAAAAAAAAAUGGUGUAAUUCGGUUUCAGAAAGACAUGUCGUUUAGGUUAUUUAACCUUUUGUGAAUAUAUAAUAAAAAGCCUGCUGCAAAAUUACAAAACACCGAGAAAAAAAUUCUACACUCCAACUGGUAUUUCCAUCUUGAACUGAACUUUCCACUCAAGCAUUUAAUCACCUCUCUGGUAAGUGUGAUUUCUGUAAUGACGUCAUCACUUGGCACGUGACGCCCGAAAGUUGAAUUUUGCAGGCAUAUUAUGUACGACUGGAAUGAAAGUUCGCCAUAAGACAAAACAAGAUUGGUGAAAAGCGACCGUCUGUAUCAUGGUUAGUAAAUGUCUAGUGUUUUUAAAACGUUCAAUGAGCCAGUUCGAUGUGUCAACAACACAUGCUAAGUACAGGGCAGUUCAGAAACAGCUACGCAAGCGGACGAUAGUCUAUCCUAUCAGCGUAGCCAAAUGCUGACUCAUGCGCGCACUUUCCUCACGAGAGCCUUUGUUUGUUUAAAUUUGUUGAUGCCGAAUUGGCUCAUUAAAGGAGCAUGCUUCAUUACUUAGGCACCAUUCAAGGUUCUUUAUAUUGUAAAGUACUAUACCGAUUCAGCUGAUACGUUCCACGCACCAAGACAGGAGCGUGUCAUAGAUGGAAACACUUGUGAUGUUAAAGUGACGUCACGAGGAUGCAUCGGGGUCAAGUUGCGCCACAUUAAGCGUUGCAUAAUCUUAAGCUUUGUAUCUUCUGAAGUACACGGCGGAUUUGAACCUAGGUCUAGGAACGUGUCAUACUUAAAACAUAGAUAAUUGCUACAAUCCCUGUUAAAAUAAAGUUGCAACUUUCAGACGUGUUUUCACUCAAAACGUUAUAACUUAACUUUGUUUCAUUAAGAAGAUUCAUACAAUGUAGUGACUCAACGGUCACCAGAAGUCGCCGAGUGACUUAACAGCAAAAACAACUUGCAUUUGUCCAUCACACAAUCAGUUUCUUGUCCUAAAAAUUGUAACUGUAGCCCUGUAGAUGAAAUCUUUUUAAAAUAUUUAUUGCUGAUGAAGCGGUUGAAACGCAGGAACAGAUGCAGAUGAUCGACAGACACAUCAGCUGAGUUCGGCUAAAUUGGAGACACUCUGUAGGCCUACUCUGAACUCAUUUAUUAUCUUCAAAAACCGAUUGUGGCUAUGUCUGGAUAUUUAUGACACAAAAGAAAAGUCAGGACCAAAAGGGUAGUCAGCUUUUCACAGAAGAUGAUGACACAUAAGGGAGGCGUAACUUUCUUGACAUCACUUCAUGGAAUUUGGAGUGUGAGGCGAGUUUAAUUGUAAGUAUCGAUCUUUUCCAUGCCACAUGUACCUGGUUACAGACUGCAAACACAUGCUGAUUCACACCAAAGAAGUCAUGGAAGCCAGGUUACUUGGAAUGUAAGUUUAGGGAAUGACGCGUGUUCAGGGAAAACCUGGAAUUCUGGUGGGUUGUUCAUGUGGGACACGGUCAUUGCAUUUGUCAAAUUUCUUCCUUACAUUGCUGGAGACAAUGCUUUUACCAAAAACCAAGGAAACAGGAAAAACAACAACUGUAAGAUAUUCAUGAUUCAAAGCUAAAUUCUUGUCAUUUUUUUCUCUUUAUGUAGUUGAAGCUAUUUUCGUCUGUCUGUUUUCCAGACCUGGAGGAAGUACGGGUAACGGAUGUGAUGGAAGCAUUCCAUGUCCAUUCAGCUGGACUGCCAUCAGGAACAUGGUGCGUCGUGACGGUGAUGUUAUGUGGCUUCAGACAUGCAUUUAUAAGCGCGGUAAUUGAAACUUGUCGUCUUUGAGCUGGCUGCUGCGAAACAGGUAUGCUCAGUUAAAUUAUUGCUUCAUUGCUUACUUAUGCAUGUACAAUGUAGUUAAUUCUCUCUGGACUGGCAACUAAGUACAUUGUAUGUUCAACCAAUGAAGUUUGAUAGAGACUUUUGCAUUUAACCGAAAAGUUCUUGCCGAUAAGCUACAAGGCGUAAACAAAAGUAUAGGGCACCAUUGCUCUUGUGUAUGGCUCAAGCUGUGCUCCAUAAUCCAACCUCAAACCCGCUGAUGUUUUCUCAUGGACCACAGUUAUCUUAUAAUAACGUAUGUUUUACCUCAAACAGCUGCAGGUGUACAUUUUAAAGAAGCCAUCUCAUUUUCAUUGCCAAAAAUCCAACAGUAAAGAACUGCACCGCAUUAACAUAAGUGUACUCACUCAAAAUGCCUUUAGGUCUUCAGCCAUGGAAUUUCCGAUUUCUUAACAGUGAUUUUUUUUGCAACAGACUCUUGUAGAUCAGUUAUGACGUUACCACUCAAACACCGGAGCGAUGGACCGAAGUUCCAACAUCUGUCAUAUACCACCUUAACUCUAUGGGUAAUGACUUUAUAUUUCCUUCUGGUACCAACUGAGCAACAACCCAACGCUCCAGGUUAUUUAGGAUGCUUUGUGGACUGCCCUGGGGGUCAACCAUGCUCCGGUCGUGCUCUGCGAACAGGAAUAAGAGAUGUAGACGUUGAAUACAUUGAAUUGUGCUUCAGAAUAUGUCUAGACGGAAUAGGCGGGAGGUACAAGUACGCAGGACUGGAUUUCGCCAACAAAUGUUUUUGCGGGAAUAAUGAAAACUUCGGCAGGUUCGGGCGACGCUCGGAUUCUGAGUGUCACGACCGGUGCGGGGCAAACCAAGACCAGAUCUGUGGAGACGCCAGCAGGAUAUCCGUGUACCAAAUAUCACAAAGCGUGUGCAACAAUGACAUCGGACCACCGACCAACGGAGCACAUACCAUCAUCGACCCGCCUGCACUCUUUUACAAUCUCAACAACUUCAAGUUCUUCGGGACUCGUGUGGAUUUCUCCUGUGACGUUGGAUAUACUCUUCGCGGAGCCUCGUCCAUUGAAUGCGUAGACACGGGCUACAACAACGUCACGUGGAGUGAUUCUGUACCGACCUGUGAAGCAUCAGUCGUUGACUUCACUACGCAGACUCAAGCAGAGAGCAGCAGAACCAAUGAAAACACUACAAAAACGGUGACUGAAAGACCCUCAAGUAAAAACGUUGAGCUGUCAACUGCGGUUCCCCCUGCUGUAUCGAUUCGAACCAGACUAUCUCGGUGGUCGAAAGGGUCUACGACAAUGGUAAAAUCGACAGUACCUGAAACACAAGAGAACGAGAAAAGAGACAAACCGUUGGAUCGUGUUGUGUUUGUCGUAUCAUUGGUGGCGGGCUUCAUCACUGGACUGGUAGCACUUGCUGUAAUAGUAGUUUUCGUGAGGUGGCAUAAACGCCAGUUGGUCAGGAAUGACAGCACACGCGAGUUAUGUCACCAGUCUGAAUCGUUGGCAGGAGAUAGUCGGGUUUCUUCAACAAGGGCAGGUGAACAUCUUACAGAUAUCCCGUUGACCGCAAUGGUCACAUUGACAGCGAAAGACUACUGUCCAGAACACGACAAAUCUGUGCAGGUGGCAUACGGCAAUACUGGCCCUGAUCUCUCGUUCUCACGAGAUCUCGUGGAAAUCGAGGGCGAGAUAGGUCGAGGUACCUUUGGGAUAGUGCUGUUGGGCACCGCACUUGGGAUCGAGGAAGUUGGAAAACAAAGCAAAGUUGCAAUCAAAACAAUCAAGGAGGGCGCUGACAGACAGGCCAAGAUGGUGUUACUUGAGGAGCUGGACAUUACGAAAAAGAUUGGAUCUCACCCAAACAUUGUCAGAUUACUUGGCUAUUGCAUAGAGGCAGAUCCUAUCUAUAUCAUCUUGGAGUAUCUUGGCAAGGGAGACCUCAAGAAAGUUCUGAUGGGAUUCAGGAACACAAACACUAAUGGACGCUACGCCAAUAUCUCUGGCCCGAGUCGCUCACUCUCACUGAGAUUGCUCAAAUUUGCCCGGGACGUGGCCGAUGGAAUGACAUUUUUAGCGUCUCAAAAGUGCAUUCAUCGCGACCUGGCUGCACGUAAUGUGCUGGUGGACGACAAUAUGGUGUGUAAGGUAUCUGACUUCGGACUCGCCCGUGACGUCAUUAACAUCCGAGUCUACCGGCAAGGAUCAAAGGGUCCACUGCCCAUGCGCUGGAUGGCAUUGGAAUCUCUCCUUGAUGACGUAUACACAAUCCAGAGUGACGUGUGGUCUUUUGGCAUUCUGAUGUGGGAAAUCGUCACACUUGGUGCCCGUCCGUACCCGCACAUUAUGACUGCAAAGGACAUGGUGAACCAGCUAAGUGAAGGCUACCGCAUGUCCAGACCAACAAACUGUAACACACAACUAUAUUCCAUCAUGCGGAGUUGUUGGCACGCUGACCCACGGUUGAGACCAACGUUUCAAGAAGUUCUGGAUAAGCUGGAGGGACUACUAACUGUAGAAAUGGGGUAUGUAACUAUCGACGACAUCGACGAAAGCAUCUAUGAUGAUACAGAAAUCAUUCCUGACUGAACGAGAAAGUCUGACACAUGAAGUGCGAACACAUCUCACCAAACAUAAUGAAAAUUGAAACACGAAUGACAUAACUGACUCAAAAGUGAGAUAACACUUGGCUCUUGGAAAGACAAUGGAACUGAUGCUAGAUAAAUACUAACCAUUGAAAGAUCAAUCCAUUAAUACGGUGUCAGUCAUUUUCACUAACCAUUAAGGCCAGUGAUAUAUUGAAAAAGAACGUCUAAAACGCCUGGCCCUCUGCAGACUUACAAAAUUGUAGUAAGAUGUAGGUCAACAUCAUAGGCCUAUCAAGAUUACAAACCAUAUUGGUAUAGCACACAAUUAUAGUCUGCAUGUUACGGUAUAUGCCUUUGCAUAAUUGCUUUAAUUUAACAAACGUAAUUAGAUAAUUACACGCGUGGUAUAAACUAAGUGUAUCAGUUAUACUGUUCAAUACAUUGUGAAUGUAUGUCCCACUGGUGAGACAUUCUAAAAGAUGUUUCAAUGUAAGAUUCAUGGUAUGCUAACAUAACAUGUGAAGUUUUCCAUAUUGGUAUUAAUUGGUUAAAUUCAGCUGCUCUUCUCAACCCAACCCUUAAAUCUUUUCCUAGAGUGGGGGAACAACAGUGUAUUUCACCCGCAAGAAAAAAGUUCUUACUAAAAGCUAUGCCUAAACGUAAUAAUUCAGUCCCAAUGAAUGGCUUACUCUCACAGAUACAUGUAUAGCCUAUUAUCUAAAUAUGGCAUGCAUGUAGUACAUUCUACGGAGUCGUCCACUUGUAUCUAACGGUACCUCUUAACACUCAGCCCCCUUUCUAUUGCAUAAAAUUGACAUUUAUUACCGCACUAGCUUUUGUAACGGUGUAUCAUAAUGGACAUUCUAUAUAGAUUUUUGUCACAUUGUAAGGUGUAUUCUAGUUGACAAUAAUAGGAAAUUAUCAGCCCUUGUAACGAUAAACUAUAUUGGACAUUAAAUGUCCUUUCUGCGCUUUGUAACGGAGUAUAAGAAUUGAUGUUACUUGCCAAGAUGGCCUUUUUAAAGAUCAACUCAAAAGGUUUCUAACUGUUAUGGUUAUGAAAUGUUUUUGUGUUCUAUGUUGACAUAAAUUACACACUUAUCAUAAUGUCAUUA